AAAUUUUGGAUUUUUUUAUUAUUAAACGAAAUAGUGAAAGCCAUUGUCUUCAUCCACCGUCUCCACUAACUGAAUUUUUUUCUCCAGAAACAGAGAAAAAAACUGAAAUCUUGGUGAUUUUCACUCGAUUUCAUCGUAGAAUCGUAGCAUUUCGAGUCUAAGACGGUGGUGUUAUGCAUUUAAUCGUCUGCUUGAUUCGUAGUUGGAUCUAAUUUGAGAGGAUUCUUUGUGUUAUUGAUCGUUGUGGAUAUGGAGGUGAGACCCAAUCCGACGGGCGACAAUUCCUCGAUCUCGCAGCAGCAUCUCACCAGUUCUUCAUUGAAGCAGCCGUCCGCUUCUUCUAAUCCUAUCGACUCCAACGCUGUUGCGCAGAGGCUGCAAAAGGAAUUGAUGUCACUGAUGAUGAGUGGAGAUGAUCUUGGUGUCUCAGCUUUUCCUGAAGGUGAGAGCAUUUUCACAUGGAUAGGCACGAUUGAGGGUGGGAAAGGAACUGCAUAUGAGGGUUUGUCUUACAAACUCUCUUUACAUUUUCCCAUGGAGUACCCUUUCAAGCCACCCCUUGUUAAGUUCGAGACGAUGUGCUUCCAUCCAAAUGUCGACCAAUAUGGCAACAUUUGUCUCGACAUUCUUCAGGAUAAGUGGUCUUCAGCAUAUGAUUGCAGAACCAUUCUUUUGUCUAUUCAAAGCCUAUUAGGAGUUGUGUUUACAAUGCAGAGUCCAACCCAGAGAGUCCUCUCAACAGCUAUGCUGCUGCUCUUUGGAAUAACAAGGAAGAUUACAGAAAGAUGGUCCACAAACAGUAUUUUUUGGGUGCAGUCACGGAAGGCUGAUUUUGAAAAGCCGAGUAGAGAACAAACAUCGACACCGCUAAAGCUCGAGAUAAUAAAAGGUCUGACUUUAUAACAUAGAAAGAAAUAGAAGAAAGAUUACAUUACAUUGACAUGUGAACUGGAUAUCUGUACCGUUUUAUAGCUAAUUUCUCUUCCCUGUAAUUAAUUGCUGGAGAAUAUUUUACAAACUUGGAAGCACCUUGCCGUGCUAUUUGCUAGAACUCAGAAAUUUACAAUAUAGCUUCCAUUUUAGGCAA